CUCCAUAGCAGGGGAUAUAUACACUACUAUAACUAAUAAUCUAACUUUUAAGUAUGCACUAUUAUAAUUAUUUCUUACUAGCCAUUACCACUAAAUGCCAAGAGAUCAGUAUUGGGGUCAUCCCAUAAACAAAAUUUGGAAUUUGGGCUAUCCGAUGAAUUAGUUACUUGGGUGAGGCUGCUUGCUCCAUGCUGUAUGAGUUCUAGACCACCAACCCUCCCGCGUUUCUUUUGGUAAUGACAAUAUUCACAUCACAUCUCCAGUGUGCCCUUCAGAAAAUCUUAAAGUUGGUAUCACCCUCCUUCAGAAUGACUUGUGGAGCCUCAUGAACUGAACCAGCAUUUUUACAGAGGGGGCACUAGCUAUCCUCUAUCAUGUCAGCAAGAAAUGAGAAUCAUGCGACCAGGGUUGUGGCAUCAUCAGCAUCCGCCACGACGCUUUUAAUAAUUAUCCAAAUAGCCUCUAAAUUGGUCACGUUUGCCGCGAAUCAGUCAACUCUACGCAAUUUGUCACCUGCCAUACUAGGAAUUGCCACUCAACUUGAGCUAUACCUCGUUUCAGUGCUGUAUUUUUCCCGAGAAAGCAUCAGAACAGCAAUCCAAAGGAAACCGUUGGAACCUUCUUCUGAUUCGAGUUCAAGCGAGAGUCCUGGGAAACCGACAACUUUUGAAAAAGCCCAACUUCAAUCGACUGCAACACAGUCAGUAGUCAACAUUUCUUAUCUGAGUCCCAGUAUAGGGAUUCUGUUCGCUCUGGCAUUUGCUGCAUUUUAUAUUCAUUUUGCUUCAGAAGAAAUUCUACAAACACCUUUUUAUUUCUCGAGUGUUGUUGUCACUGGAAUUUCGUCUCUCCUGGAGCUUGGCGUUGAGCCAUUCUUUGCAGUGGUACAACAGCAUAUGUUAUAUAAAAAACGUGCUGUUGUUGAAAUGUCAGCAGCAUUUGUCAAAGGCAUCAUUCUUUGUGGUGUGUUCACCUGGGCUGUUUGGACUGAGCGCAAUGUCGGUGUGCUCCCAUUUGCACUAGGUUAUCUGGGUCACUCUCUUACCUUGAUAUGCGGCUAUUCCAUAGCCUUGUUGAGAAAGCCAAGCGAGAGACAAUUUUCAUUUCUCAUUAGUCGCAUAGAGUCGAGUGAUGAUGCUGGUUUUCUAGCCAAUAGGUUUUCGUGUCAAUUACUCUCGUUGUCUGUCAAUGUCUUUUUCCAGUCAGUGGUAAAGCAUUUGCUUACUCAGGGGGACUCUAUGAUCCUAGCAACAGUCGCAAGCUUACAGGACCAAGGUAUCUAUUCACUCGCCUCCAAUUAUGGCGGUCUCGUCGCACGCAUAUUCCUUCAGCCAAUUGAAGAAAGCAGCAGAGCUCUUUUUUCGUCACUGCUCAGUUCCAGUGAAACUAGGAGUAAAAAUUCAAACGCCAUCGGCAUUGCCAAGGAUCACUUAGUUGAUAUAUCGCGCAUUUAUGGAAUCCUAUCGAUUCUCAUCUUUCCGCUCGGUCCAGUUCUGGUGCCACAAAUAUUGCACAUAUUAGGUGGUCGUCGAUGGGAGUCACCAGAAGUCGAUGGCUUGAUCUCACUCUACUGUUACUAUAUCCCAUUCUUGGCUUUCAACGGCAUCACCGAGGCAUUUGUGUCAUCUACAGCCAGUCCCUCAGAGGUUCGAGCUCAAACAGGAUGGAUGGGAGCUUUCUCCGCAUGUUUUGCUUUAGCGGCAUACAUAUUUCUCAGGAUUGGCAACCUAGGAGCGUACGGGUUGGUGUGGGCUAAUAUUGUGAACAUGGCAGUCCGUACAAUAUGGAGUUAUUGUUUCAUAAAGUUAUACUUUCAUCGUUAUAGCACUGACUUUGCUCUAGCUGAUGCCGGCUUACACUCCCAAACCUAUAUCACUGGGGCUAUAGCAACAGCUAUUAUGCUUGCUAAGCAAGAUUACUUUAACACGGGAUCCCAGGGUACAUUGAAGAUAUUACUAUUUAGCAGUAUUUAUGCCCUUACAGUGUUAUUUUUGGAAAGGGAAUAUCUCAUGAAACAGUACACAAAAGUCUGCCAGAUAUUAAGCUUAAAAGCUGCAAGGCAAAAGACAGAAUGA